AUGCGAGGUAGUAUUCCGCAUUUAGACUACAACACAAACAUCCGACUUGAAGCAAGCUGGGGAGCCGCCAAGGAUAUCCUCAACAGGCAUAUGCCAAUGGACGAGUGUAUCGACCAUCUGCUGAUUCUCCAGCGGACUGCAGCAGACAAGCAUAAUUACAAGAGCCGGCGUGCGGGUAUUCGCUACAACAAUACCUACAACGAAGAGAUGCAGAUAUUGGCGUAG